CCUCCGCCCCGCCCGCACGGCCCCGCCCCGCGCUCCGCUUCCUCCGGGCUGCGCGCGUACUGAGCGCUCAGCGGGCUUCGGAGUCUGAGCACAGCAGCGGCAGCGCAAUGGCAGGGAAAGAGUUGGAGCGAUGCCAGCAGCAGGCGAAUGAGGUGACAGAAAUCAUGCUCAACAACUUCGACAAGGUCCUGGAGCGAGACGGGAAGCUGGCGGAGCUGGAGCAGCGUUCAGACCAACUCCUGGACAUGAGCUCUGCCUUCAGCAAGACAACCAAGACCCUGGCCCAGAAGAAGCGCUGGGAGAACAUCCGCUGCCGGAUCUACCUGGGGCUGGUGGUGGCUGGUGCUCUGCUCAUCAUCCUGAUUGUGCUGCUGGUCAUCUUUCUCCCACAGAGCAGUGGGGACAGUGGGGCCUCACAGGCCCAGGAUGCAGGCACUGCCUCAAGGCCUGGGGACUGACCCAGCUGGACCUAGGGAAGAGGCCCGGUGGUCCCAGUGGCCAGUUCUGGUCUCCAAAGAACCCUGGAAUUUACUCCAGAUGGAGCCACCCCAGUGAGCGCUGAAGGGCAGCGGUGAUGUGUGUGCCUGUGUGUCCCCAUCAUGCCACAGAUUGGCCCUCAAGGGCAGCCUGCUGACCGGCCACGCCUGGCCAGCCCCACCUGAAGCUCAGUAAAAGCUGCUGUUUGGUUAAAAGCUCA